CAGACUGCGGUGAGACCUGCUGGUAAGUCCAGCCACUGGGCUGGCCAACCCCCAGCAGCCAGGAUGCUCCUGGGAUAUCCGAGAGGACGCAAGAGCCAGUUCAAAUACAUCAUCCAUGGCCUUCUCCCUGCAGCCAGCAUCGCUCCAAAGCCAGCUGUGCCCCGCACGCCUCCUCCCCGCAGCCCCAACCCAUCUCCAGAGAGACCAAGAUCUGCGCUGGCUGCAGCCAUUCUGGCAACCACAUUGACUGGGCAGACUGUUGCCAUUCCACAGCCUCACUGGAGAUCCCGGUCUGAGAGUGACAGGACCUAUGUUGAAAAGGAAAAGGACAGCUUCAUCGAGCCCUAUGACACCACCUCAGAGCUGAAGUCUCGACCAAAUUGGCAGAGUGAGAUGGGAAGAAGAACUUCUUUACCAUCCUUUGAAAUGCUGGGCUAUGGGGAUGAAGAGGACGCUGAAACACCAUGGUCAUCCAGCUACAAGGAGUCGGGGGAUGUCAGUGCCCAGAAAGAAGAGGGAGGUGGCAGUGAUGCUGAGUAUGCUGGGCCACGCAGAGAUCAGGUGCCAUUGUCACAUGGGAUAGACACUGACGAUGAUGAAAAUAUUUCUGAGCAAGAUGAGUUUCCAGGCUCACCUCUGAUACUACAGCAUACACAACAAAAAGAUAGUAAAUACUCUGUUCUGAAUUUAAAGGAUGAAAACCCUCCAUUAUGUGAAAAACCUCCACCUCCUCCAGAUAUAGCUGGUAGAGCACGUCAAAGAUACAUAGAAAUAACCAAAGAAAAGUUUGAGGAAUUAAAAGAAGAAAAUUUGCUCCUAAACAAUAAGAACAAUCAAACCCUUACCCUUGAACUAAAACUAAUGAAACAAGCAAUGAAAGAACUACAAUUAAAACUUAAGCAAAUGGAAAAAGACAAUGGAAGGCUGAAAAAGGCUGAGAAAACAUCAUCUCAGGAAGGCACUACACCUGAAUUACUUUAUCUAAGAAAACAAGUUCAGGAACUGGUGGACGAAAAUGAUGGGUUGAAAAUGAUUGUCCAUCGUUUGAAUGUAGAACUGAGUCGAUAUCAAACAAAAUUCAGGCAUUUGUCCAAGGAAGAGAGUUUAAAAAUUGAAGGCCUCCCAUCAAAGGGCCCUAUACCACCCUGGUUGUUGGAUAUAAAGUACCUGUGCCCCUUGUUGCUGGCUUAUGAAGAUAGAAUGAAAGAGAAGGACGAGUUCAGUUGUACCCUUGAGGAGGAAAUGAGAAUGUUUAGGAUGCGAGUCCAAGAAGUGGUGAAAGAAAAUGAAGAAUUGCACCAAGAGUUAAAUAAGAGUAGUCCUGUUACCAGGGAGGAAUGGCGUCAGCUUCAGGCUCAAGCAGAACUGGUUUUAGAGGAAAACAAGUUGUUGAUAGAACAGUUGGAGAUUCAGCAAACGAAAGCCAAGGACACCCACCAGGAGCAUCUCCAAGAAGUUUCUAAGCUGACAAAACAACUAAUGCUCCUGGAGACUAAAACCCAGGGCCAAGAAAAGGAGCUGAUGGAAAACAAGGAGCAGUUGGAGAGUUUACAUGCCAGGUGCCAAGAACUCAAAACACACUUGGACGGCAAAAUUACAAUGAAAGUUCAUACUUCGAUUGUAAAUGAAUUAAAAAG